AUGGAGGAAUUGCUGGAAAAAUCCAACAGGUCCGCAAGAAAGGCCACAGGCCUAAGGUACGAUGACCUGUGCAUGCACCCAGAUUUGGACCUGCCAGAAGGGUUCAAAAUCCCAAAAUUUGAAAUUUUCAACGGGACAUGGAAUCCCAAGGCACGUCUCCGUUCAUACUGCGACCAGUUGGUCGGAGUAAAGAAGAAUGAACCCUUAAUCAUGCGAAUAUUCCGUCGUAGCCUGACCGGUGAAGCAGCUGAAUGGUUCGUCACACAAGACAUGCGCCAAUGGCUCCUUUGGGAAGACCUAGUGAAAUCCUUCAUGGAAAGAUUUCGUUUCAAUAUCGAGAUCGUGCACUGCAACUACCUUGAAAAGGUCAAGAAAAAGUCAAUAGAGAACUAUACAGAAUUCACCAGCAGAUGCAGAGCCGGAACGGCCUGUGUAGAGCUGCCAAUAUGUGAGGGAGAGCUAGUCUCCGUGUUCAUCAGGUCACAAGAGCCGAAUUUCUAUAAUAGGAUGUUGUCCAUGGCCGGAGGCCGUUCUCCGAACUGGUAA